ACUCCUUCUCCAGCCAAGCACAGAGCCAAGAUGGAUGAUAUUGUGGUUGUAGCUCAGGGCUCCCAGGCCUCACGGAAUGUCAGCAAUGAUCCCGACGUCAUCAAAUUGCAAGAGAUUCCAACCUUCCAACCCCUUUUGAAAGGGCUAUUGAGUGGCCAGACUUCCCCAACAAAUGCCAAAUUGGAGAAGCUAGACUCUCAGCAAGUGUUGCAGCUCUGCCUCCGCUAUCAGGAUCACCUGCAUCAGUGUGCAGAGGCUGUUGCUUUUGAUCAGAAUGCUUUGGUGAAGCGAAUCAAAGAGAUGGAUCUGUCCGUAGAAACCCUCUUUAGCUUCAUGCAGGAGCACCAGAAAAGGUACGCCAAGUAUGCUGAGCAGAUCCAGAAAGUCAACGAGAUGUCAGCCAUCCUCCGUCGCAUCCAGAUGGGCAUCGACCAGACUGUGCCCCUGAUGGAGAGGCUCAACAGCAUGCUGCCAGAAGGCGAGCGGCUGGAGCCCUUCAGCAUGAAGCCGGACCGCGAACUCCGGCUGUAGGGCUGCUGCUUCUCCUGCCUGGCUGCUCGCGUAGCCCAGGGCGCUGGAGCCCUGAGGACAUUUGGAGCCAGAGUCACAGAAUAUGACAAGGCUCGGAGCCGGGGGGGAGGCUGUGGAGCUCAGAAGUGGGUGUGGAGUAGGCCAUGGGCGUGGACAUUGGACUUGUCCCGCUCUCUUCCUUGAUGCAGUUUUCCUGUGCAAAAUGAUCCAGACGAAUUCUCAGUGAUGACCAAAGUCGGAACAUUUGAACCACUAGGAAUUCUUCAAGAACUCUGCAUUGAGAACCAUCUUCGUUUUAUUUAGAUUUUUUUAAAUUGAGGGUAUAUAUCGGUAUCCAUAGUCUAGUCUAGCUACUGGACUGAAGAGCUGGAAAGAAGGGAAGAAAUAUUUGAAGCAGCUCUGUGUUCUCGAUGCCCUCAUGAAAUUUAACUCAGUAGGCUCUUUGGUUCAUGAACUGUCAACAUAAAAACUAAUGUAAUCUA